AUGCUGCCUGCCUACACUGACAUUAAAUCCCCCGGCUGCCAGUUCGCUGGCCACACUACCUUCCACAAGCUCAGCAGUUCUGUACUGGGGUGCCAUCUCCCUAUAGGUACUCCGCAUGGCAUCUCAGACAUACUCAGCAGACCCCUGCCUGCUCCACAUGGUGGGGUUCUUCCAGCAUACCCUGCUGUCCCAGCUUAUGGACGAGCUUCAACUACAGGGAGCUGUUUUGGAGAGCAAACAGGUAUCAUAGCUAAAGGUGGAAACCCAUACAGCACACAAGGCCAGACUGCAUGGACGGAUAUCGGACAGGAUUGGAGAGCAGGAAACAGGACACUCAGUAAUGUCCCAACAGGAAAUACAGAUAUGUCCUCAAGGAAGAAGCACACUCGCCCCACUUUCACGGGCCAUCAAAUAUUUGCCCUAGAGAAAACCUUUGAACAAACAAAGUAUCUUGCGGGUCCAGAAAGGGCACGACUGGCCUUCAGCCUGGGCAUGAGUGAAUCUCAGGUCAAGGUCUGGUUCCAGAACCGGCGAACUAAGUGGCGUAAAAAAAGCAGUAUAGACCCCACUAGCCAACCAUCCCUUUGCUCCCGAGCUCCUGGUGAACUGACACCUUCAGAGAAUGAAGAUGAUGAAUACAGCAAACCACUAGAUCCUGAUUCAGAUGAUGAGAAAAUCCGCCUGUUACUGCGGAAACACCGAGCAGCAUUCUCUGUGCUUAGCUUGACCCCUCACAACUUGUAA